CCUUAUGAUACUCCUGAUACUUAUGAAGCUAGAAUUCGACUACUAAUAAUAGGAGUAACGGACAAUGAUAAACAAGUUUUAGGUUUUCUUAAAAAUCAAUUACCAGGUGAGCUUUAUACAUGGAUGAAAAUCGCUAAUCCUCUUGGAAUUAAUGCAUUUUUCACUGAAUUAAAAAAUAUGUGA